AUGUCGGCGCCAGACAAAGAAGAAUGGCGACGUGCAAUGGAGAAGGAGUAUAAUGCUCUCCUCAAAAAUGUUGUCUGGAAACUCGUAGAUCGACCACAGAAUAAAAAUGUAAUAAAAUGUAAGUGGGUCUACAAGGUCAGACAAAACUACGAAGGUAAGGAUAGAUUUAGUGCUCGUUUGGUAGCGCGCGGGUUUUCGCAGAAGCAAGGCGUCGACUACAGUGAUACUUUUUCACCAGUCGUUAGAUACAGUACAUUUAGAACUUUGUUCGCUUUAGUUAAUGAAUAUGAUUGA